AUGUGUGCAAUGUUAACAAGGUAGGAGGUGCAUUGCCUCUGUAAAACAUUAUAGCGAACUACAAUUUUCAAGUAGCCAGUACGGGCAGUAACUGUUCUUGACUACUUUUUUAAAACAGUAGUUGUAGUUAUAGCGAACUACAUUUUGCCUAAAAAUAGCCAAGUAGCUGACUACUUUUCAAACAGCGAAUCGCUAUUCGCUACUUUUUAAAAUUGUUAGCAACCGUUCAUGGAAUAGAAUGAUAUUAAGCCACGGUUUGCUUAAAAGAUUAUUUUAUACAUGCAGCAAAGAUUAUUUUAGCGCAAUGAAAAGUGGCACUCCUGAACACUGUAGUGCUUACAAAAAUGUUGCUUUGACCCUUUUUGUUUACUGUUGCUACUCGUAAGUCGAUUUGUUAUAGGUUAUAUUGCAGCCUGAGCUAGUGGAUGCUCCAAAUACCGUUUCACUAAAAAAUAUAGAAUAGCGAAAUAGUUCGCUACAUUUUUUAAGCAUGCAGUAUAGCUGUAGUCAGUAGCGAACUACCUUUGUUCAAAAGUAGCAGUAGUUGUAGCUGACUACAUAUUUCUGAAGUAGCUGUAGUUAUAGCGAACUACAAAAAUUUUGUAGUCAACCCACCCUUGUCAUCAACACAUAUGAAAGAACAUCAGAUUUUAAAGUUUUCUGUUUCCUUACACGAGCGUUAUGAUGCAAAUUGCGCCACUGAAAACUAGUUAUACCAAUUCUCGGGUGGCGCCCGUGUUGCCAAGAACGUCGCUUGCACUAUUUACAUUGGAAAUCAGCAAGUCGAGUCCAAGUUGAGUAAUUUGGGACAUUUUUUGUAUUGGACUCAAGACGCUGAAAAUAGCGACCCAAAAAAUAUGGAAAUUGCAGUUAGUUUGAAAAUUGGAUUUCCAUGCAUUCAGGGCAUUUUUUAACUACUGUAUAUAACUACUGGGGCAUUUACCCCAGUAUAGGCCCUUUGCUUGCCCCAGUAGUGAAGCAUGAUUUUCAUAUGGGCUGGGCCCUUUUGAUCAUUAGUAAAAAUUAACCCGUUGAAAAUGCUGGGGAUCUGCCUGCCUUCUCAUAUCCUCUCACAUUCUUGACACUCCAUCUUAAAAGGUCAGAACAGGCAGGGGGCGCUAUAGGGGGUGUGGGGGGAGACACACACCCCAGUCGUCAGGUAGUCGGCAAAUUAUCUAAUCCUAGUUGGAUAUAGGAAGGAAAGAAACUAAAAUAUUUUAGUGACACUGAUAUUAGAAACUAAUAAUUAUAGCUAAAAUUUAGAGAAAUGUACGAAAAAAUUACGGAAAAUUAAACAAACAAUGCUAAGUUAACCGAAAAGAAAAUAAGAAGUUUGAUGUGCUGAAAAUGUUUUGAUGUAGAGCCGUGGAAUUAAUGAGUCGGCAAAAUUUCACUUACCCCCCUCGUUCAAAUAGGGCUAGGGCCAUCUCUGAACACAGGUGCAACUGUAAACUAUGAGGGGAAAAGGUCCCUAUUGAGACUUGGCCCCAGUAGCUGCAAUUUCUUAAAAAAUGCCCUGUGCUAUUUUCAAUUAAGAUCCAUACCAUUUUCAUAGCAAGGAUGUUGACUAAAAAAUUCCAUUGACAACGUAGCAUUACAAACUUUGUAAGUCCUUUAGAGUGCACCGUAAUAUAUGGCUUGCAAUUGUGAUAAAUAAUUGAAAAGGUCUAUGACUCUAUGUCUUAUUAUGCCCCUAUCACAGGUAAUCGCAUGGGGCCGAGUAAAAUUAAGGUUUAAUUUCACUUGUGUUUUCAAAGUUUCACAAAUUGCCCGAGUCGCGAAAUACUUGUUAGUCAUAGCGGGCAAAAUUUAUUCGUAAGUUAAUUGUGAAAUUGUCAAGUUCUUGAACCUCGUAUGUCUCCAUGUCUUGACUUCGCCGAUGCUUCUCAAUGCUGCCCUGUCGGCCCAAUUACCCAUAUCUUAGUUAAAUACUCCAACCAAUAAAUUUGUACUUUUUCUAGUGUUCAAAUUUUCACUAGAAGUUUUUAAUUCUUCAAUAACAUCAUUAUCCGCGACGACAAAGCGAGAAGCCAUCGUUUUUAUUCCUGUUUAGACUGUUUAAUGGACCUAUUCCCUAAUCAACAAAAUUUUGAUCUAGACAAGUAGUCUAAACAAACAUUUCAUCACAGCUUGAAAAAGCAUCACAAACUUAGUAAUAUUCCGAAGUUUCGUUGCGAAAUGUUGUAAAAUGCGGAUACUAUAGCACUGCGAAGUUUGCCGUUUUUCAGUCAUUUUGUAUUACGCACAGCAAAUUGAUACCGCUUUCCGAAAAAAGGUAUCAAUUUCCCGUGCGUAAUACAAAAUGACUGAAAAACGGCAAAUUUCGCAGUGCUAUAGUAUCCGCAUUUUACAACAUUUCGCAACGAAACUUCGGAAUAUUACUAAGUUUGUGAUGCUCUUUCAGACUGUGAUGAUAUGUUUGUCUAGACUUGUCUAGAUCAAAAUUUUGUUCAUUAGGGAAUAGGUCCAUUAAAACAAGAAAGUUCCGGCGCUUGCGUCUCAGCCAAUUAUCAGGUACAAGUAUUUUUGCCCUGAAUUAAGAAAAAAAUGCCCACCUCAUUAGCCAAUCAUAUUUAAGUAAUUUUGCCCUCUAUAUGAUUAUUAUUUAAAACACGAAAUAUUCAACAGCGACUUCAUUAAUGGACCUCUUUAAUUACCUAAUAACCAAAAUUUUGAUCACAACAAGUCUAGACAAAAUUAGUAGUCUUCCGAAGUAGUAUUCCGAAGUUUGGUUGCGAAAUGUUGUAAAAUGCGGAUAAUAUAGUCCUGCGAAGUUUGCCGUUUUUCAGUAUUUUGUAUUACGCGCGGAAAAUUGAUACCUUUUUUCAGAAAGCUAGUGGUAUCAGUUCCCGUGCGUAAAUUCGUAAUACAAAAUGACUGAAAAACGGCAAAUUUCGCAGGGCUAUAUUAUCCGCAUUUUACAACAUUUCGCAACGAAACUUCGGAAUAUUACUAAUUUUGUGACGCUCUUUCAAGCUGUGAUGAAAUUUGGAAACGGGGCGUUCUACUGUAUUUUAUAUUUUUCAGAGGUCUCUCAUUGGCCGUGGCAGUUUUCCUUCUACCAUUUUUGGAGCGAAACUUUCUAACACAAGCAUUGUACGAAGUCCGUUUUGACCAGGCCAAAGAGGAUUAUGGUCUAGCCGACAACGAGGUGUUUCUUAACUUGACCCAGACGCCUCGCGUUCAAUGCUUUUACCGCUGUUCAAUGGAUUGCCGUUGCUCGGCUUUCCAAAUGUUUAAGGUUACGGACUGUCAACUAUUGUCGUCAUCACGGGCUGAAGUGACGCUACAGCGCAUGCCUGGAUACACUUAUUAUGACAUCAUACCUUGGCAGGUAAUAAUUACGUUUUUCUGAUCGGUUUCGUGCCAACACGAAAACAAGACUAUUCACCGACUGUGGUUACAUUAAGCUUAACAGCUUAACUAAACUUACUUGGUUGAUACAGGUAGCUCUAUCAGGUCUAAGCCAUUCUCUAUGAUCAGAACGAGUCAUCCCUUAUUAUUGGUACACUGUUACUACAAGAGGAAACCUAAACUGAAUUAACUUUAUUCAUGCUUGUUAGUUCUAUCAGAUCAACAAUAUUAUCUUUAAGGAGAAAACCAGAUACCUGGAGAAAAGCUGUGGCGUUUAAUUAGCAGAGUCAAAUUUAUUAAAGCAUUUUUCUUUUCGCCUAAACAGUGGCGGAACUCACUUUUUCCAGUGGAGGGGGGCAAAGCCUCCUAAAUUUCCGACAACCCCCCCAUUUGCACUCGAAAAGGCUGUUUUUAGCCCUCUUUUAGAUCAAAAUCUCCGAAAAUUCGUCAUUUUACGUGAAGGUGGUGGUGGGGGGGGGGGGGCGGUUACCCCGCCCCGCCCCACCAAGAUUUCCGCCACUGCGCCUAAACAUCUUAACCAAUAGUUACAAGGUUACACCUCUGUCUCAUUCCUUCGUCGAUUUAGUCUUAGGGUUAGGGUGUGACAGGCUAUAUUCUGCGCACCAGAAUAGUUUGUCACAUGUUGCACUUAUAGGAACCAGCGCUGUCAGCCAAAUGUGAAAAUUUCGCAUAGUUUCCACCAUCUAGCACUGCAGAGCGACAUAUUUUUAUAUUCGAGCCGUGUGUGCAAAAUUGAGCGACAACUCUGCGUCGUUAAAACGGCUUUUAAUACGUUGGAUAUCGCUAAAAGUAACGACUGUCUAGUCUAGUCUUGAGGCCAGAAUGUAACUAUAGUUAUUGUUACUUUUCAUCAAUUUUUGUAGCUGGUUACAAUUGCAAGUUACUUUCCCAAAAAAUAACUAGUUACCGUUAGAGUUACUAAAAAUGUAACGAUUACAUGUAACUAGUCACUUGUAACGACACGUUCGUGAAUUUUCUCCCACUCGUGCGGGCUCGUAUUGUUAGCGCAUAUCUUACCCAAAAUUGGCAACUCUGUGUAGAACGUAAAGUUUUCAAUUUUUCAUCGAAAAUCCGCUGGAAUCUGAGCCUGCUAUUAUAUUCAUUUACUGAAUAUAAUAUAUAGCCAGCGUGCGAAGUUACUUACAACACUGCAUAUAGAGGAGAAAGAGUAUAGGACCCAGAAUAGAACCCUGUGGCACUCCUGACAGCUGUCAUCGAAAGGUCUCAUUUGUACAAGAACCUUUUAGUGAUAAAUGACGUCAUAUAGUUGUUUUUCUCAUCCACAGGGAACAAGUUGUCCAAUUGAUGUCAUAGCCGACUGUUGCGAGCAAAAGCCAUGUCUCCACGGAGGGACUUGUGAGACUCCGACCAAUGCCGAUGAUCCCACGAUCCGUUUUCGAUGUCUCUGUCGUAAAGGUUACGGCGGCAAGCGAUGCCAGUAUCGAAUCGGCUGCCCGGGUUAUUUGGACAUUGUAAACAAACGGGCAAACGGGAUUUACACGAUGGUUAACCCUAACACAAGAGAACCUUUUCAGGUACGAGAAGUAAUUUAUCACAAAUGAGGAGUUUUCUACUGGAAGUCAAAGUGUGCUGAUAACCGAGGCCAAGCAUUCUUAGCUUUUCUUAGGAAGCGUUCAUUAAUUAUAUCAGAGAGGGGGGGGGGGCUUGUAAAAUAAUAGGGAAGUGGGGGCUAUAGGAUUUUCACAGAUGAGGAAGAGGUUUUAAGAAAGUCAAAAGUUCCUGGGGGGGACUUGAAAAAAGAUAUCUUUUUCAAAACACAAACCACGGCAGCUUAUGUAAAAUAAUAAUGAUUUAUUAGGCAUAUCCAAAAAUCACAUUUGGCUCUUCAUCCAAGAUAUACCGAGCUAAAAUAUGUCUAUAAAUUUGCAUAAGCUGAGAAAAAUCUUUUUAUCUACUCUGGACCACAACGAUUGAGAUAGAUAUUAUCCUAAAUAUCUAUUUCUUCAUCAUUCUUUAUAGGUGUACUGUAGAUUCGAAUAUGGAAUGCCAGGUGUGUUGUUUUCAAAUACACUAAUUCAAUCCUACGCGCUUCAAAACGUUUCCCAAAUCAGUCCUUUUACCCAAGACGCACCCAUCAACGAAAAUGAUGUGAAUUUCCAAGCUUGGCGGUUGUCCAAAGCAAACAUUGGGGUCCUCACAAGCUUUGCUCUCAGAUGGAUGGUAUCUUGCGAUUUCGAAAAGACUGGCUGGAGUGGAUCGCUUGAUUUAUUACAAGCAAAACUCACACAGUUUGACAUACUAGAAGAUGCGAAUGCUGUCUCGAAAUGCGUCAACGUUCAAAGAAUGACAAUCCGGGGUGAAACCUGUCGGAAUUGUAAAAUACCAGUAACACAGACAGCUUCCUAUCCAUUUCAUGUUAAUACUGACCGAGCUUCAAUCGAUAGCUGUGGUGGCACCAUACCUACGGAGAUAGCUGACUGUAACGAAGACAGUUUUGUAUGGUAUCAAUGUGUAAAUACAAAUCACAGGUGUUCAGCUACACCGGAGUCAACAACACAAAUUUGGUUAGAAUAA